AUGAAUGCGUUAAUGGGCGGCCGGCGUGAACUCGGCGCCAGAAGAAGACGGGACUGUCCGGGCAGGACAAUACAGUCUUCACGGACCGGUCAGCCCGGGGGAGAGAAGCAAGCGGGCCGUCAACUCGGCUUGCCGAGUUGCAAAUUAGGCCGUCGAGAGUGCAGGCAUCACUCGGUUGAUCGCCCAGCAACCGACUGCUUGACUGUCGAGCUGGAUGAAAUUGGUUUUCCAUACAGAGUCAUCUUCAUCAGACGGCUUUUAGAGAAGUUAAGGGGGCUGAGGCGUGAGGGUGGGGGCUACUUUGGACUCUUUGAAAGCCCAGUCUCACUCGUCGGACGGUACGCGGACAAACGUGACUGGGAAGUGGGCCAAGUCUACCCUCGAGAGGUGGGUGACACCGGGAAUAGCGAGCCUCAGCUGGAUUGGAGGCAAAUCAAAGAGGCAGACGUGUGGUACAGAUGA